AUGUGUGUGAUAAUAACCCAAGCUGUCCGUCUCUCCGUCAGGUGUUAUGUGGAUGAUAAGGUGUCGAAGGUGGCCUGGUUGAACCGCUCCAACAUCAUCUUCGCGGGUGAGGAUAAGUGGUCUCUGGACCCGCGGGUGGAGCUGGUGACUCAGGGUCAGCUGGAGUACAGUCUGAGGAUACAGAAGGUGGAUGUGUUCGACGAGGGCCCGUAUACCUGCUCCAUCCAGACCAAACAGCAGCCCAAGACGUCACAGGUCUAUCUCAUCAUUCAAGUUCCUCCAGUCAUCUAUAAAGUUUCGGAAGACAUCACUAUAAACGAAGGCAGUAACGUGACGCUGACGUGUUUGGCCAAUGGGAGGCCAGAUCCCUCCAUCACCUGGAGACUGCUCAACCCGUCAGGUGAGAGACAGCCAAUCAACUGCUGGAAAAUCUCUUAUUAAACCCUAUGUGCUUCAGAUCAUGUGUGUUGUUGCAACCACAUCACAUCACCCACACCACCCUAGCAACCACCCAGAACUCCCUAGCAACCACAUCACAUCACCCACACCAUUGUGAGUCUUCUGUCAGUCUGAAGUGAUCGUGGGUUCAGUGUCUGCAUGAACACAAACACAAGCUGCUCAUGUCUGCUGCU